AUGACAGCCUGCGACGUGAAUGGACCCGAAACAUGCAUCAAAUGCCCGGUUUGCAGUAAGUUCGUGUUGCCCGACGACAUCGAGUGCCAUCUGGUCAUGUGCCUCACGAGGCCGCGCCUCUCCUACAAUGAGGAUGUGCUGAGCGACGCGAAGGGCGAAUGCGUCAUCUGUCUAGAGGAGCUGUCGGCUGGCGACACCAUCGCUCGCCUGCCCUGCCUCUGCAUCUACCACAAAGGAUGCAUAGACCAGUGGUUCGAGGUGAACAGAUCGUGCCCGGAGCACCCGGGCGAC